AUGGAGCAGGGAGACAUGACAGUACAAUGUUCCAACAGGAAUGGAACAGCGAGAAACAUAACAAUCCGAGACGGAGUCGAAGAACAAAACAAUGCGACUAUACGGCCGGUAAUUGACUCCAAAAAUCCUUUUGAUGGACGUACAACACGCUUCACAGACGACCUGUGGACUUUCGUGUCAGUGAUAACAUACGUUGCAGACGUCGGAAGCGAUUUACUUGUGUGUGUCAAGUAUUACAAGGAAAAAAAUUUCUGGUGGUUUAGUCUUACGCUAGGAUUCGUACUUGUCGCGUCAUUUGCAAUGCAAUUGUUCUCUGCUAAGUGGCUUUUGGAAGAUGGCAAACGAAAGCAAUGUUUCACUUAUUUAUUACAUGUGUUUCAUCUGGGACCAGUCGUGAGGUAUUGGAAGGUUCUCAAGAGUGGCUGGAAAGCGCGUCAAAAGAAUGCUACUAUUCUCGAAUUCGCAGCGUUUCUUGGAGAAUGGCGUGACAUAAGCAUGCUGAGACUUCUUCAAGCUUUUCUAGAAUCUGCCCCUCAACUUAUUCUUCAACUCUACAUUUUACUGAAACGACCACGCCUUCAAGAAAACUUUGAACUUUUUAUCGCUGCUACUGCAGCUUGUUCAUUGAUAUCGUUGGUGUGGGCCAUUCUCGCUUACAGUAAAUCGUUAAGAGACUUUAGAACACAAGGUUAUAUCCUGUCAGCAGCAGGUUUGUUAUUCCAAGUACUGUGGCGGUUCUCUACGGUGACAUCUCGUGUGGUUGCCAUGGUUCUUUUUGCAUCGUACUUCAAACAAUGGCUGUUUGUUGCGGUGGGCGCACAUUGGCUAAUGAUGACAAUGUGGUUGAUCUGUCAGCGGACUCGCUUUUGUACAGACGAAGACGGAACAGAGCACCCUUUCAGGGAGAAACUGUUUAGUGCGGCUAUUGGCUUUAUGUACAUCUUUUGCUUCUUCAACACGAGAGAAGGCAUGACUAGGAAGCGUAUUAUUUUGUUUUACUCCAUUAUGUUGGUAGAGAACUCUCUGUUCGUGUCUAUGUGGUUUCCCCACAGAACCUUUCGCGGAACAAUGGCUGUAACAGCGUUAGGGGCAGUGUGGGGCGGAUUUGUAUUUGGUUUGAUUAGCAUGAUUUUAUAUUAUCGAUUCUACCAUCCAAGUUUACCAAUUCAAGGAAUAUUUAUACAAAAGAGAACUUUCGAUGUUGAAGGACAAGUGACUCAUUCGUGGUUUUGUUGUUUUUGUUGUCGAAUAAGGAAAUCCACGAAGACGAGUACUGGAGAAGAUCGUGAUGCGGCCGAGGGUUUAAUACGAAACGUAAAUCGCAGUGUAAACCAUCAUGCUGCUUGUCAAGAACUAUCGCCUCCUCAGUCUCAAGAUGGCUCGCAUAUCACAGGAAACCCACGUCGGUUCAUGUCGGGUUUAGACUCUAAUCAGGUCCUUGUUCACAGUACACCCAUACGACCAUUAGGCACGUGCAGUUCGUACGCCAAUCAUCCACUGGUUACAAGCCGCGUGCCGAGAAUCCUGGUUACGGGAGCGACCCCUGAAGUGAUGAGUCCGAGAGAUUCUGUUUCAAACUCUUCUCUUGUCACUCUGAAGGAAAUUGAAAUGGAAACGCUCGAUAAUCUCGGGCAGCGUCCAGAUCUUCCCGUGAGCAACAGUGACCUUUCCUCUACUAUUGCUGGAGAGACAGAAAAAGUAAAUCCUAGUGCAGGUAAGAAAAACUGCUCUGCUAGACGAGAGCUUGGUUUCCAUGACGACGUAACCUGCACCUCACCAAAAAGUCCGACCGCCGGAGAGAUUAUCAGCUGGUAUCAUCCUGUCCCAACCUGCGAGGCUUCCUCCGAUGCCGAAGAAGACAGGGCUGAAAAGAUUAACUAUGGCUCGUUGAGUUUUGGUAAUCGAUACAGUCUCGUGUCGUCCGACUGUAUUUCGUUGUCAUCCGAAAGUUCACAAAGUUCGGUAGAUAGCAUAAUGUUUGCGGAUGAGGGACCGGGCAGUUCUGGAGUGCAUAUGAAGAAGAUGCUCUCGCCUGAACUCACACCGAGACCAGCAGACGAAGGAAUUUUUUCCGAUGAGCGGGACUCGCCUUCAAAAUCGAUCACUAUUGAAGACGCUGACAUCAUGUCUGAAGCUUCUACACCACAGAACCCCAACGUUAAUAAUCAAUUUCCUGUUUUGGUCGAAGACAGCCAAGCAGAUACAUUCAAAAGAGUCCAGUCCCGAGAAAGAACGAAUGAAUGGAUUUUGUCUUCUUCUAAACCGAUUGAUGACUCUUACAACUUGGUUGAGUUGUUAAUGGACGCUCCAUCAUCACCAUCGAAUAAACUGAAAAGCAGAACCAGAGAAACAGGGAACAUUUUGUCAUCUAAGGAAAGAGAAUGCACUGAAAAUAAACCUGACUGUACUGGGGAAGGAUCUGGGUCUGAGAGACUGGAUGGACACGAAAGUGAGUCAACCGACGCAAGUAGCGACAGUUUUAACUUUAGAAAUCGUCAUCGUUCGUGCGAUGAGAUUGAGACUGGAACGAAUUAUGCCCUCUUCUCCCCGGAUGACAUCAAUAAGCGGCAUACCUUUGACUUUUCGCAGUUAUCGAAAGGCCCGAGGUCUCCACGGCGAAGACGAGACAGGAAAUAUCGUCGCUCAAAGAGGAAGGAGUUUGAUAACUUUGUUGUGACUUCUCUGAAGCCAGGAAAAUACGGUUCACUUCGGCGAUCAAUGGAGCGUCUGGCUAGAAUACAAGAGGACAUAGAAGAAACUUUUCUAUUGAAUGCCGAAGCCGCUUUGAAUUCCUGUAUUCCUGAAGUCGAGGCACUCUCUUCGCCCAUGGAAGACGCAGUGAAUUUAUACACGAAAACUACAAAUGAAACUAAUAUAGCAGAAAAAGCCGUGUGCAGUGCGCAUGAUUCAAACCCACGUAGGAGUGAUCUGCUAGAAAACGCAGCCUCAUUGUCUGCCAGAGAAAGCUUUAAGAGGCGAAAGCGCUUGAAAAGAUUCCUCUCUAAAGAAUUAGUUCCUGGGAAAUUCUCUUCAGUGAGACAUUCCAGCGAAAGUUUGCAAUCAGUAGAACGAUUUGAUAGAUUCCAAAAAAAUGGCGAUGCUGACAAAGGGCUGUCAUCCACUGUGUCCGCUGAUUAUUUGGCCUGCACUCGUCAUGUUAGUGGUAAAAGUCAAAGAGUAAACGGUGGAGGUUGGAGGAAAGAAUUUCAGAGCCAAACGGUCAGUCUGCCUGAUGUACUUCUUUCCACUGGAAGGAAAAUUGAACCCGAAGUUAUUAAGAAACGAAAUCCCGAGAAUAGUCGGGUAAAGAAUACUCUGGAUGGUAUUGUUAUUAAGAACUUAGAGAUCAGUAAGCAUCACACGGGCUCGGUUCACAACAAAAGACAUACUUAUGAUUUCACUGACAACUGUGCUGCUCAGACGGAGGUACAGGAAAGGUUGUUUAGCGUAGAGAAUGACAGAAGGGCACCGGAAGUACGUCACAAGUGCCAGCGUAGGUGUCAGUCAGAGGUUUUGAUUGGCGCGAGAAACUCUUCUGUUUAUGUAUAAAGGACAAUCAGAAAUUUUAACCCGCGACCUUAUCUGACAUUUUCAAGUCUCACCGAAAUCUCGACAAAUAGGUGAUUCUUGAUUAGUUGUCUUUUACUUCAUGAGUUUUUUGCCUUCACUAGGUGUUCUAAUUACAUAAUUUUUGCUCCUUCCUGUUAAGCGUUUGGAACUGCUUAGUCGAUAGCUUUUACGACGAUUUGUUUCGUAUAGUACAUUCAUUAGACUUCUAAUCACAGACUUCAGUGAAUUUUUUUUGAGUUAUCUUAUGUUUGUAAUGAAGAAAAACCAGAUUUAAGUAAACCUGUCCUCUUUAAUAAACAUAAUUAUUUUCGGAUUGAGAUUAUUUGGAAAAUUUUUUUUAUAGAAAUAGAAACCAGUCGAAAAAGCGUAUUUAAAGUGGUUAAAACGAUUAAAGAGAAACAUUAAUAAAAGUAUAGCUGAUAGCUGUUUAAAGGGGGAUUUUUGGAUUAUUAAUUUGUCAAGUUACACAAUAUGCAGCUUGUGUUCAUUUGAUUUCGGUUAACUUUGACGUGUGUUUUUUUUUUGUUCUCACCUUUUGGUUAGGUAACGUGUAAGUUUGUAGAUGAUGCGUUCUCGAAUAUUUAUUGACUUCACGGAUAAAGGUCACCUCUGGCUGUUAUGAAAUAGUCCGAUUUGCAAUUUAAACGCAAUUUUUUUUUAUAUAUCACGAGAAGCAUUAGCCUUCUAGUAACUUGUAACAUAUCUGAAAAAUAGAGACCGGACUACUCUUGUAAUUGUGAUUGACGAAUAAAUCCAUUGUUUGUUGAUCAGCUUUU